CGUGGUUGAGUAAGAGUUUCUCUAUGAAGGACUUGGGAGAUGCGAGUUAUUCACUUGGCAUAAGGUUCUAUAGGGAUAGAUCACGGAAGCUGUUAGGUCUCAGUCAAAGUACAUACAUAGACAAGGUCCUCGCUAGAUUCAGCAUGUCUGAGUCGAAACGAGGAAGUUUACCUAUGGCCCACGGCACGAGUCUUUCUAAGACUGAGGGUGCUUCCACUUCGGAGGAAGUAGAAUGCAUGAGAAAUGUUCCUUAUGCGUCGGCCAUUGGAUCCAUCACGUAUGUGAUGGUAUGUACGAGACCUGAUGUCGCCUUUGCUCUGAGUAUCACGAGUAGAUACCAGUCCAACCCUGGCAAAAGCCAUUGGACGGCUGUGAAGAACAUCCUUAAAUACUUCCGUAGGACUAAGGAUGCCUUCCUGGUAUAUGGCGGAAAAGAAGAGCUCAGUAUUGUUGGAUAUACUGAUGCCAGCUUCCAAACUGAUAGAGAUGACUUCAAGUUGCAGGCAGG